GGGAACACAACCUUAAGCGACAUUGCGCAUGUGCGACUUCUGUGUACUGCGCUCAACCGCUUCUGCUGCAAGGUGGUCUCCUGCCACAUCCUCUGAUGCUGCCCACUGUCCUCCGCUGUGCUCGGCCCAUCUCUACCAGUCUUGCCUUAAGCCGACCUUUGGCCCACUUCAGACCACACAUGGACCCUGACCCGAGCCGGCCCGUUGAGAGAGCUAUCAGAAGUAAACUGACCAACACACUCCAGCCUGACUACUUAGAGGUACACAAUGAAAGCCACAUGCACGCUGUGCCCCCUGGCUCAGAAUCCCAUUUCCGGGUCUUGGUUGUCAGCUCCCAGUUUGAGGGUCUGGCGUUAAUAAAGCGCCACCGUUUGGUAAACGAAGCUCUGAAAGAGGAGUUGAGUAGCUGUGUUCAUGCGCUUGCCAUCCAGGCAAAGACACCUGAGCAGUGGGGGAGCAACCCCGCCCUGGCCAAGAGUCCUCCCUGCAUGGGGGGCUCGAAGGGAGACCACACAGUGGAGGAGAAGCUGAAAGGAGGGCGGGAGUGAAGGUCGGCUUAUGAAGCAGUUGUUGUGACUGAACUUAAAAGACUGCAGGUGAAUGCUGUUGGACAGAAAAUACACAAUAACUCAUCUUUGUCAAAUGCAGGUAACAGUUGUUUUCCCCAUAGAGCUAUCCCUUUGUAAAUUAUACUUCCCUGGCUUAGUGGAAGAGAAAGUUGCAGUUUUCAAUACAGAGAUGGAGCUUUGUCGUGAUUCUGUCAUAAUAAAAGAUGAAUUCAAACAUGAA